GCAGGUUAAAAAGAUCUGGCCAAAAAUUGAUGUAUUUCGGUGGAACUGAAAAUCAAGGAAGGAACUUGGAAGUUCACGGAAUAUUACCAGUCUGUGAGCAAUAUACCCUCGUCGUAUUGGCUCAGCGUGAAGGUCUCGCAUCGACGUCAACUGUGUCUUGCUACUACCAUUUGGAUUGUCCAAAGAAAAAUAAGGGCACACGUGACCAAAGUGGCAGCUGACAAUUUAUCGAUUCCCUGUGGAUGACACUUGACUUUUGUGAUGACGUGAACGCCAAACAGCAGCUACAUUAAUCCAAUGUCUGAAGAAAACCUGUCCUACUACGUUCAGCAUAGUCUGCCAAACUCUACCUCAUGGUCUGGUCCAAUACAACCCACCCUACAGAAAUGCCAGACACAACCAGAGCUGGACGACCCACGAGCGUACAAUACGAGGCGUUCUUGGGCUAGAAGUAAACGCAUAUCGUUGGGCUGCUUGGAGUGGCGAACGUCAAAUCCUGGACCAAAUCGAUCUUCUCGGUCGAAAUCGGGAGGACGUCGAAAAUCGGUAGGAUGUGAGACUUCAUACUUGCCUGAAUCUGAAGUGGCGCAGUCAGCUGGAGAAUUCACUGGUUUCCAACUUUAUCGAACGUGCCGUUCAAAAGCCAGUUUAGGCGCGGACGCUCUGCUACGUCGUCUUCGCAUGCGCUCAUUGGUGAAGGACCGUCGAAGUCGGUCGAAAACAGGAGAGGAUUUGCAAUCAGCGUGUUCAAUGCAGCGCUCCUGCUCCACUCCAAGACCAUGCCAUCUCUCCGAGAGCUGUGAAGAGUGGCAAGACCAAAACGCUGUGUUUAAAAGCCGAUCGUGUGGCUCGCAUCUGAAUAGUACGAAACAAUCUGUUUUGUCUUUGAAAAGUGCUCCGGAGAUGGUCAGUAGCAGCACAACACGUGAUGCAAUUGUACUUGAGCCUGAUUUCUUCCAGCUGCCACCCAGAGACAAGGGAUUGAGUUGGCGCAUUCUGUCCGACAAAAGCUUUGUCGUAAGACCAAAAUAUGACGCUCGGCACGAGCAUACAAGUGAGUAUACAAAAAGGCUGGUGGUAGAACAUGGCAAUUUGUCCUUCAAAGGGAACCUGAUAGUGGACGUUGAUUAUAAUCGCUCGAAUUCCCGUGACGGUCGACGAUCAACGAGAUUAGCCGAACUUCGAACUCGAUAUUUUAUUCCGCCCACUUCAAACCACAUUGUCAACAUCACCUCUCAAACCGACCCCAUGCCAACACCUUACGGCACAUGUCCAUGUUUUACCCAUACCGAUGCUCUUCCUGGACGCCCUAGGUCUUCCUGCGAUUCACAACUCUAUAGGCCACAAAGCCAACCGAGCUGUGUGUGCACAGACCCAGCAAUUCACCGUUAUCCUCCGGAAAACAGAUUCCCCACUCAUUGGUCAUCCACCCUGCCGAUGUCUCCUUCCUAUGUUCUGAAUCCAGCCCAUAUGUCUAUUCCAACCUCCGGACACGUUAUUUCAGACUAUCACGAACCCAACCUGUUGAGGCACUGUUCCGCAGUUGUUGGCGCACGUUACCCUCAUGGAUUCGUCGCCGAGCAUUCUCCGCACUACCCCCACACACACCACGGACAGUCAACGAGGCAUUCCGGUGUAAUAUAUGCUGCGCCGAACCAGCCAGUUCCAUCGUAUGCCCCCAAUUAUCCCCCAGCUGGAUGUGGACAACAUCAACCUGGUAAGUUUUUCCUUGCUUGUUUUUGUUAG